GGAUGAAUUAUUGUAUAUACCAACUGUUGAUUUAUUGUGUUCUCCUUCAUCUACUUACUUAGUUUUAAUUGGUGGUUAAUUUAAAUUCCCCCAAGGUCACAGGGUCACUUCCGGUUGAAUAGCUUGACAAAAGAUACAAAGGGAAAAGACAAGACAAAAAUGAUAAAGAUCAUAUGUUUUUAAAUAAAUUAGGCUUACAAUGAUUCUUUUAAUAUCGUAAAUUUGUGUAAACAAUGGUUAACUAUCAUUUGAAUCUCUCUUCCUGUGGGCAUGUUGUAUAUGUGUGCCUGUGUAUGUGAGUAGAUGAAUGCGUGCGUCCGUUCUACACGUACGCAGACGAAUGAUUGGUUGAUUAGCUGACAGACUUUGGCCAGUCAUUUGACAUCCUAUCAAGUUGAAAUAUAUAAUAGGAAAAUGAAUGAAUGACCUUGUUCGGAAAAGUAUGAUGAUAGACACAUAAAUUAAAGACAGACACAUCGCUAUUCGACUUGUGGUAGGUCGAUGUGCAUAAAUUUGCUAAAAAUCAUAUUCAUUUAGAUUUUCCUAUACAUGGAUAGACAAACAUAUAAACACAGAGACACUAAUUACACCAGAUAAAUUUAUUUGAUUAAGCUUCGACAAAUUUUCCCGAUGCGUCAAAAUGUCAUCAAAAAACAACAACAACUAUACUCUUAUUCGUUAUCACCUUGCUUAUUAAUUUUUUUUAACUCCCAGUCUGUUUUAAUUGGUUAGAUCAGCUUAUCGUUAAUUUGUCAAUUUAAAUGUUAUACAAGUAAGAAGAUAAACACACACAGACAUACGUACAAAUGUUAACACACUGAAUAGAUAUACACGCUACUGUUUCCUCACCUUUGAAUGAUUUUUAAAGCAAAAUCUAGACAAAAUAACACAUCAUACUAAACCAUCUUCCAAAUAAGUGGUUGUGAAAAGUCAUUGCUGCCUUGAAUGAGCUUUCCAGUAUGGACAUGUAUGUUUUUUUGAUGUGUGUGGUCUAGCCAAUUGUGCAAGUGUGAGGUGAGUGUACCGUCAAAUUAAAUCAUCGUCUCAUCAUUACUAUUGUCAUAUUAUUAUUAUUACUAUUGUAAAUCAUAUUAGAAGUUAUUAUUAUGAUAAAAAUGGUUACACGUAUACGCCUCUAUGCACAUUAUCAUACAAGCAAACAAUUAAUCACGAUGUAUACAUAAACGCUGUCCCUACCCCUCUCUCUCUCUCUCGUCUUUUAGUUAUACACACGCACAUGGAGGCACACAUACGACCGCACAUAUACACAAUUAUAUUGUCGAGAAUUUUGUAUAAUUAACAUAAAUUACGCUUUGUUUAAAUUGGAAAGUAGCUUCAAAAAUCAUAUCGAGUGAGAAAAAAGACGAACAUUACAAAAAGUAAACGAUUCGACAGUUUAUUAUUCAAAUAUUUAUUUAUUUAUACACUGGAUAAACAUUGAAGGCGAAUAUAACAACUGACCGGUGAAAAACUUGUGGAUCUAUCUUUAUUUAUAUUUUAUAUACUACUCAUUGAAUAAGAAGGAAGUAGUAUGCAACGUACUAGUCCAUUGACAGCAUGGAAUCAAUUCAAUCCUUCUAGUAGUAUACUGAAUCAAACUAACCGACAAGAACAAGAGAAAUUAUUGAAAAGUAUUCAUCCAUUCAUUCAUACAACUGGAGAAGAUUCAAAGAUAACAUCUGUUGCCAGUGUUACAGAUAUUGGCACUAAUCCACAUAACACUUCAUCAACUAUUCAUCAUAUUAUCAAUAAUAUACCGACUUUAAUUAAUUCAAUGUAUAAUACAGAGAAAUCAACAUUCAUCUCUUGUUCUACAACAUCGACAUCAUCAUCAUCAUCAACUCCUACAAUAUCAUCGUCAACAACAAACGGUUUGAUGACAAAAAUGGGAGCAUCGACAAUGACUGAGACAGCAGCAGGUGUUAAUGCAGCCACUACUGCUUGGUAUCCUUUAAGCUUAGCUAUGGAUGAAAUACAACACAGUUUGAUCGCCUCAGAAUCUGAAUUUAUCGAUCGAAGUAUGUUCUCUUCGUUAUUCCCAACUCUUUCUCAUACAAUGACCAAUUCAAAUCGUAUAGUGUCAAAUCAACUGAAUAGCCUAUUAUUACCGAAUUUGAUGAAUACCGAUGAUUAUCAUGUUAGUACACCAAAUGAUACUACUAACAAUGUGAUCAGUAGUGACAAUUAUCAUAAUCAUCAUCAGCAUCAUAAUGGUAGUAGUACACCAAAUGGAACAUCGAGUCAAGGUCAACUGCAGCAAACCAACCAAUCAGAUCAGUGUUUACAGAGUAAGCUUAGUCCAUCCUCUGGAGGACAGCUGAAUGGAUUAGACUCGUCUGGAUCACCGCCUACAGUUCAUUCUCCGAUGAAUGGUGAGAACAAAUGUAAGAAAGCAAGACAUCGAACAACUUUUUCAGUACAACAGUUAUCAAUUUUAGAAGCUGCAUUCGAUAACUGUCCCUAUCCAGAUGCUGUUACACGUGAAGACAUCGCUUCGAAACUAUCAUUGAGUGAAUCACGUGUUCAAGUAUGGUUUCAGAAUCGUCGAGCUAAAUGGAGGAAACAAGAGGGUAGUCAAUUAUUAACAAACGGUACAAAUCCCAAUACUACUACUACUACUUCUACUACUAAUAGUAGUAUGGUUAUUACUACAACAUCUGCAUCAACAUCAACUCCAUCAUCCUCUACAUGCACAAAUACAUCAAAUAUGCUCAUAAAUGAGACUGAUGAAGAUGAUUUUCGUAUAAGUACAAAUUGUUUAGAAACACCACUUUUAACUGGUCGUAAAAGAGGUUCAACUUCAAGUUUACAUCAUUUUAAUCAACAAAAAAAUAAUAAUCAUAGCGUUAAACAACAUAAUUCUUCUACAUAUCAUAAUGAUACAGAUAUAAGUGAUUCACUUUCACCAUCUCAUUUCAAUCUACCAUUUCUUAUUAAUGAUUUAACCAGUUAUCAUCAAAAAAUUCCAAAUUUUUUAAUGUUUAAUGAAAAUACAAAACACGCGCCGUCUGUCUCCACACACAAUGACCUUGAGGAUUAUUCCAGUAAAACGAUGAUGUUAAAUUCAAAUUUACUGGCUACUUCACCUUCAGACUUGAUACAUUCACGAUUAUUUGAUAAAUCGAUAAAAAAUAAACCGAAUAACUCUUAUUCCAGUCCUACUUCCAUAAUAAAUUCAUCUGUAUAUAAUAAUAAUAAUAGUAGUAAUAAACUGUCAUGUGAAAAAUCAAUGCCAACUAACUGUAAACAACGUAAGCCGAAUGAAGAAUUCAAUGGAGGUGAUCAUGAGAACACCUAUGAUACUGAUAAUUGCCAUGAUGAUGGUGAUGUUGAUGAAGAGGAGGAUGAUGUCAAUACAACUGGUGAUUCUUCCGGUGACGGUAAACAAUCAAAGGUUAAAGAACUGCCAUUUUCUGUUUUAUCUCUUACCACCACUACAACUACUACUAACAACAGUAAUAAUAAUAACAAUAAUAGUACUAGUAAUAGUGCCGUUGUCAAUGGUAAUCAUAAUCAAAUUGAUAUACAAACUUCUCAAAACUUUCGAAACUCAUUCAAACAGACCAAUGGUUAUCAUGAGAAUCAGGCAUUCUCUUCAUUAUUUAAUGGAAUUAAUUCUGAACAAAUUAAUCAUGAUCUAUCAAGAUCUUCAUUGUCGAAUGUAGCCGACUUCAUUAGUCUAUUGAAUUCUUUCUUCAAAGCGAAGAUAAAUCCUUCUCGAUCAAGUCAAUCAUCUACAUCAUCUACGUCAUCAUUAUUAUCAAAUAGUGAGGGAUUUAAAUUAUUCAAUAGUAUACUAAUUAAUGAUAAUAAUGAAAAUUGUACAAACAUUCAAAAGGCUGAUACUACUGAAAAUGAUAUACAUAGUAGUAUCACAAAUGAUACUGUUAAUUAUGCACUAUUGAAUAAUUUAUUAACAUGUACACAAUUCCCGUUAAAUUUACAGUCGAAUGGAACACAAUCGAAAAUGGAUUUAAAUACUGAGAAACAAGCUAAUUUAAAUCGUUUAUGUGAUGAACAAUUCAGAAGUCAGUAUUGUGAUUUACAAAGAAAACUUUUCAGUGAAAUUUGUUCAUCUCAAUUGACAAAUAAUAAUAAUAGUAAUAAUAAUAAUAAUAAUAUACUAUGGGAGUAUUUUUUAAAUCGAUUGGUAAAUAUUUCACAAGAUCCUAAUAAUCCUCUCUUAGACAAAUUAUCUUCUACAAUAACUUCAACAUCGAAUAAUGUCAGUAGUUAUGAUAAUCUGUUUGUCAAUGAUUUAUCAAAUUAUCAACAUUUCAAUAAGAUGAAUAUAGACUUCAAAAAAUUUUUAAAUUAUAGCCAUAUAAAAGGUAAUGAAUCCAUUUUAAAUCUGACUAGUAACGAUACUACUCAUAUGCAUCUUGUCAAUAGUAGUAUAUUGUCAGAAUGUUUUGAUACGCUUAAAAAUGACUCAUCUAUCAACAACAACAACAACAACACUAAUGAUAGCAACGCAGUAAACACAAAUAAUUCAUUUGAUCAAUCAGAUGGUAUGCAUAAUUCUUUGAAAAAGUUUCAGUUAUCAAGUAAUCAGUUCAAUGGUUCAAUGCUUGAUGACUUCAACCAUAGUAAUAAUAAUAAUAAUAAUGAUACUGGUUGUAAUAGUAAUUUACCACAGCAUAUAAUGCAAUAUUAUGCUUUAUGUGCAUUUGUUCAAGCUGCUAGCCUACUUUCAUCAACUUCAUCCACUUCUUCAUCAUCAUCAUCAUCAAUGUAAAGUUGUUUAGUGUUUAAAUCAAGCGGGUAAUAAAGCAAUGCAUUAAAACAAACAAACAAACAAGCAAACAUUUUGUGCUCUCAUAUCAAUAUAUAUACAGAUGUAAACAAAAUUUACUAUCCCUGUGAAAAUAUACAAUACUUGGAUGAAAACAACAAAGUCACAUUCCAAGAAUAUUUCAAUAAUUACCGAUUGAUUACCUCAGAGAUAUUUAUCGUGAUAUAUAAUAUAUACAUAAAUCUUGUUGUGAGCUGUUACUAUUAGCAAUACUUUACUUUUCUUCUCCUUUUGUAUAUUAUUAUUACUAUUAUUAUUAUUAUUAUUAUGAUUUAAUUGUUCAUUUCACUUGUUUGUGUUUAAAAGGUAUCUCAUACUUUUAUGAAAUUAUUUUACAUGAAUGUCCACAGGAUUGACAACACAGGAUAAACAUAUGAAAUAGUACAAAUCGACUAAGAAUGUGUACAUGGACUGGUGUAUUUCAGUGUAUCGAUAUACAUUGCAUGUAUGUCGAUACAUUUGUGUGUGUGAGUGUUUCUAGGCUUGAACAUGAAGAGAUCUUUAUCUUCAAUGUAUUCAAUAGUGUAUUUGUUUUACUCCACCUACCCACCAUCUCUCAUUCUCUCUUCAUACCCUACCUCCAUCUAUUCUUUGAUUUUCUUUGUUUAUUUUUACCUGACUUUCUUCUCUUUUUUUCUACACAUAAAUAUAUAUAUAUAUAUAAACAUAUAAUUGAAAAUAUCAUUGUUAUCAUUUCUUUUA